AUGUACAACCGCAUCGCAGUGUACGGCCACCGAGGCUGGGUUAGUUCCGCCAUUGUUGAUAACCUUGCAAUCUCCGGAGCAUCAGUCACUGUGCUUUACCGUCCUGGGUCCGAUGUUUCGGGACUUGCAGGUGCCACAAAGAAGAUUGAACUCGACUUGGAAGACGAAGAAGCACUGGUUGCUGCACUUCAGGACAUAGAUAUUGUGAUUUCUCUCGUUGGACACGAAGGUGUAUCAAGACAGCACGCAUUCAUCAAGGCCAUCCCCAAGACGAAUGUGAAGCUUUUCGUUCCAUCUGAUUUGGCUGCUCGUUAUGAGGAGCAAGGACUUCGAAUCGGCGUCAAUGCCGCCAAGGAAGCCAUCGAGUUGGCAGCCAAACGGGCAUCCAUUCCAAUGACGAUAGUCCUCCCUGGCAAUUUUGCGGAAUUCGCCCUAGGAACCUUGGCCAUGGGUGUGGAUUACAAGGGGAACAGGCUUAUUUACACGGGCGAAAGCGCUGACAAACCGUUGAACCUCUGUACGCGGCACCAUGUUGCGGCCGCUUAUGCAUCCAUAUUUGCAACUACACCCAUCGAAAAGCUGCAAAACAGAGUUAUUGCGCUGUCCGAAUUACGACCUACAGGUAAAGCCGUCGCUUUGGCACUCGAGAAGCGGCACGGAAAAGCACCAAAGAUAGUUGCACAGAGUCUGGAAAAGAUCAAUGAUCAAGUAGAAGAAGCUCUUCGGGUUGGAAGUCCUUUCGCCCUGGCAUGGUAUUGCCGCAAGAUUUGGGGCACAGGGCAGCAGGCAGAGAUGAUUGGAAACGAUAUCUGGGAGGUCCCAGGAUAUUCACCAGCAUCUCUCGAAGACCUGGUGGUGGAGGGUAAGCUAGAACCAUAUCGCGGCAUGCCGCCACAGGUUGUGGAAUUCUUCUCAAAGACAUUUGAAUAA